AUGAGUUCUCAGGACGCCAAGCUCAUCCUCUACACCAACCAUGGGUGCCCAUGGGCGCACCGCGCGCAUAUCACGCUAGAAGAGCUCAAGAUCCCGUUCGAGGAGGUUAUCAUCGAUCUGGCCACGCCGCGCACUCCCGAGUACCUGAAGAUCAACCCGCGGGGGCUGGUUCCGGCGCUCUCGUACAAUGGCGAGAUCAUCAUCGAGUCGGCAAUUGUUGUGCAGUUCCUGACCGACACCUACCCGUCUCACCUGGUCCCUGCCUCCAACGAGCCCGGUGGCGCUCUUCGCCGGGCGCGCAUUGCCGAGUUUGUGGACGCGUACGUCUCCAAGGUCAACGGCGCGGUGUUCGGGUUGUACAGCGCGAAGACCGAUGAGGAGCUCGGCCCAUUGGUCGAAAAGGUUGUCACGGGCGUUGUCACGGAAGUUGAGCCUAGGCUCGCUGAUGCAAACCCGUUCUUCGGUGGCAGCGACAAGCUCACCUUGGCCGAGGUCCUGACGGGCUCACUUGUCCUGCGUCUGAAGAGCUUAACCAAGGCCGACGUGUUACCCAAGCGUCUUUGGACAGCGAUCGAGGAGAAGGCGCCUAACUUUACCAAGUGGGCGGAGGCCGUCACUGCUCAUCCCAGCGUCACAUCAAUCUAUGACGAGAAGAAAAACACUGAAAAUGCGAGAGCGAGAAUCGCGAAACUGAGGGCG